AGAUUGACUACAAGAUUCAUCCAUUAAACAAGAGGGAAGUUGGCUUUAGUAAUAUGACAAAGUCAACUGGAAGGGCUCGGAUAAAAAUUACUAUAGGGGUAUAUAGCUCAAAAGAGAGGGAAUCAUUAGCUCACUAUUUAGGCCGAAUUCGUGAAACAAUGAAAUUGUUUCAACUCUAAUCAACUCUCAAGAAAGAGAGAUAUAUCAACUCUAACCAUCGCAGAGAGCAAGAGCUAGCAAAUCUAAUAAACUCUCAAGAAAGAGAGAUAUAUCAAUGGGUUCCGUAUCCAUUCUUGAAAAGCCUCAUGCAGUUUGCAUCUCAUAUCCAGCUCAAGGCCAUAUAAACCCUAUGCUAAAACUAGCCAAACUUCUCCAUCACAAAGGCUUCCAUAUUACCUUCGUCCACACUGAGUAUAACCAUAAACGCCUCCUUAGAUCUAGAGGUUCUGACUCUGUCAUUGGCCUUCCUUCCUUCCAAUUCCGUACUAUUCCUGAUGGGUUACCGCCUACCGACUCUGAUGUUACCCAGGAUAUUCCUUCCUUGUGCCAGUCUACCAGCAAAUACUGCUUGGCUCCAUUUAAAAACCUCCUGUCAGAGCUUAAUGACACUUCUUCAUCGAAUGUUCCUCCUGUAAGUUGCAUAGUUUCAGAUGGGGUCAUGAGCUUCACUGUUGAUGCAGCUCAGGAGCUUUGCAUUCCUCUGGUUCUGUUCUGGACUACUAGUGCCUGUGGUUUUAUGGGCUAUGUUCAAUAUCGCCAGCUAAUUGAAAGGGGUCUCUCACCGCUUAAAGGUUUCUUUCUAUUGUAUUCAUAAAAGUUGCAUAAUUAACUUCCUUUUUCAGUUUGUCUUCAA